UCCUUCAUAAUUCAUAAAUAUGGGGGAAAAGAACUCAUUUACUCUCAUUAUCUGUUUGUAUCUUCUUUCACUUCCCAUCUCUAAUUUUUCCAAGAAAGCAGAGAAAAAAAUGGCAGAAGAACCAAGUAAAGUAAAGCUCAAAAUUAAAUCUCAGGAUGGUACAUUUGUUCAUUUCGAAGUCAAUUCUAGUAUUAUUAUGAAGGAGCUAUUCGAGGCAUAUUGUAAGAAAAAGCAAAUAAUAGACUACAAAACAGUUCGAUUCUUCUUUGAUGAAAAACGUAUUUCGUCGAGAAACACUGUAAAUGAACUUGGAUUAGAAGAUGGUGACCAGAUUGAUGCUAUGCUGUUUCAAGUAGGUGGAGGUUAUGCACGCUGAAUAAUGAAGAACAUAUCACAGAUGAAUAUGUUGCUUGCACUAUCCUAUUUUCUGGUUUUCAUUAGAAUAUCUACUUAGUACUGAAUAGUUAGAAUCUUAGGCAACUCAAAAAGGAAAAUCAAUCAUGUUACUCUGACCAGGUUGAAAGGCACUAUUUAUUAAUGUCAAUGUUAUUAUCUUUUUCAUUGUGGUGGAUUUCUCAAUGUUAUUAUCUUUUUCAUGUAAUGGUGAAUAUGAUCUACCAUGUGUCCAAACAGCAAUGUAUCUACAGUUUUUUCAGUUUUUU